GGCUGGAGCUCCAACUCGAGGGACGGAAGACCUCGACCAAUUGCCGGCAAGGUGAUAGAUCGCCGUAUACAGAUCACCAACAAAAUUUCGAGGGACGGCAGUUUCCGUGAUUGACGUUGUGUCCAAAAUGGGCAGGGGGAAUCACAUGCCAGAUCCUCAGAUGCUUUAUCUCUGCCACCCGCUCCUUCACUUGUUCUCUCACUCACUCUCACUCAUCUCGUCCUCCUCCGCAUCUCUUUCCGCUUCCACCACCUCUUCCCUUUAGCAAUGGCAACAGAAACACAGACUGCCCCCUCGGUGCUCACUGCGCCCCCAAACCUCCCCCAGUACACGGUGCUCUCGCGUGUUGCGAGCAUCCCACUUAUCAGUGACUCCCUCGCUGUACUUCAUGCCACCCUCUUGAACAAUGCUUUGACUAAGAUGCCUUACUCCACUGCGCAAGCUAUCGGCUCUGCUGCGUUCCGCGUAUCAGAACCUAUUCAAGCGCGCUUGGCGCCUGUAAUCAACCGCGCGGACGGUAUCGCCAACAAGGCAGUUGACGUCGUUGAGAGUCGUUAUCCUUAUCCAUUCCACGCGCCUACCGAAGAGAUCUACGGCCACCUCAAGCAGCACAGCGAACACGCGUACGGUGUCGCGAAUAAGACUAUCGACGAUAAGGUCCGCACGCCUGCAUAUGGCAUUGUCAAGGGCGUCGACCAGCGUUUUACACCUGUCGUUGAUCGUUUUGCGUCUGUCGUGAAUUCAAUCAACUCCAAGAAGACAGAUCCCGACUCCCCUACUCCCGACGGUCCUGCCACUGGCACGCCUAACGACGAGUUCCAGUACCGCCGUGCAUUCCGCCUUUCUCUUAGUCUCAAAGACAGUCUCGUAGGUCUCACCAAUGAACAGCUCAAGCAGAUCCAGGAGCAUAAUAUUUUAGUUCAAAAAGCCGCUGCGACGGCACACUCCAUUACUUCGACGAUCUCGACCUCAUAUGAUGCCGCUGCCACCCGUGUUCACGCGCUGUCGGACACUAUGGUUGGUGAGCUGCAUGGCUUGCAGACGUCUGCGUCGGCCCUACCCGCGCAGGCUCAAUCGUCCCUUGGCGGGCUCUCGGAGCGUCUCGGCCCUGUCAUUAAUGAAGUGAAGGAAAUACUUCGUUCCGACGCCCCUGUAAAGGAAAAGCUUGCUCGUCUCCGACAGACUGUCGAGCAGCAGAUCCAGCCUAUCCUAGCUAAUGCAACUGCGAGGUUACAGGAUGCGGUCAAGGCCGUUCGAUCGAGGGCUGAGAGCGUGACUGCGAACGGCAAGUCCGCGCCUGCGCCGAACGGUACAGUGCCGAAUGGUGACAAACACUAAUCUUGGUGGUUCUGAUCAUCCCGGGUUUCACAUGCUUCCUCUCUUUUUCUGCCUUUUUAUUAUUCCGUGUCUUUUCUUCAGUCACGCUGCGAAAAAUCAUAGACUGUACUGUUGUUCACCCUAGCCUGAGCUUGUUCAAUUGUCAUUUGUUUUCAUUGUUCAUCUUUUUUCGUCAAGCACUUCUCCUGUUCCCACUCCAUUAUUUUAGUAGACUCUCGCCCCGCUCCAAGUUGUCGUUUUUUUUUUUUUUUUCCUUUCCAACUUCAGCUAUGAAUCCAUUAGAUACAUAUGCUACGUCAUAGAAUACGAAUUUACACAC